CCUCCCUCCCUCUCUGAAUGCAUCUGCAGCAGCUAGCUAGCUGGCUAGCUGCGUAUAGGCUUCUACCGCUCGACGCGCCAAGGUGCCUGACGAUGGCUAUCUGACGGCCAAACAGGACAGGCACAACACAACACAAUCCAGCUCAGCUACAGAUGCCUGACUGCCUGCCCACUUAGUUAUUGUGUAGGUUGGUUCUCGAGGAGUGUGGGGUUGGGGGCAAAUAGGACCUUGCAGCCCUCCUGAGCGGACCAGCUAAUGGUGCGAACGAGGUCGCCGCGGCGCGCGAGCCUCUUGAUGACCAGACUGAGCUUCAGCUCCUCGUUGAGCAGCGCCUCCUCGCUGUCAGGAUUGAUGUGAGUGGCCAUGUACCUGACACCAUACACACACACACACACACGCAGAUAUUGAUGUCCGCCCACCCACCCAGGCCGCGCAGACGUACCAGUCUAUGAGUUGCUUCUGCGUCACGUGUCUGCCCGCCCCCUCCUCAGCGCCACAAUACGCGACCAUUCGCAGCUUGAUCGUGCCGAAGUCUGAAACCGUCAUCCUGAUCUGCAUACACACAUGGCAGGGACAAAUCGGACCACCACUUUUGUUUAUCAUCCAUGCCAUGUGUACGAGUUGUGAUGACUGAGUGACUGACCGACCGUCUGGGGCCCUUGGUUGCUAUCAAACACUCGGCGACCCGUGCGGUGCAACACCGGGCGCAUCAGGGCCGUCGACUGAGGAAACUGGAGGCGGAACCCUUGCAAGCGUCGAUGCUGAUCAUCCGCAGCGCCGCCAACACUCGGCUCCGUCGUGAACACCUGCAUCCUGACUGCACACCCACACCCCCACACACAGAGGGGAGAGUCGACGUGCGAUGAAUCCCAGCCGCUACGCUACUCACCUUGAUAGUCCUCCUCUUGGAUGUUUAUGCCGGCCACAAAUGGGUGGCCCCCCACUCCCAGUGGCGUCACCAGUACAGUCCGUUGUGUCGUGUCGGUGUCAGUCAUGGUGGCCAUGUGUGCCGUGACGCCCUCGGCAAACGGCCGGUGCACGGGCCGCCGCAUCAAAUCCAUCAGGUCCUCCUCAACCUCGUCACUUCUGCGUAUACACACACAAUCAAUGAAUGACACACAGACAACAGAGCGCCCUCACUCACCCACCCCCCGCUCAACCGCCCGCAACCUGACUGACCUGCCACGGCCGAUCCACUGCGAUUUGGCUAUCGAUCCCCAGGCCCAGGCGGCCGUGAUGAUGAGCGCCAUCAGGAACGCCGAGAACGAGGCUUCCAGCUCGAACCCCUGAUCGACCACCCAGCUGGCCGUGUCGACGUCAUAGGCCGUGAUGGAAUGUCGCACGGGCGGGUUCUGCGGAUCGCUAUGCUGCUGGAAUGGAUGGUCGGCGGGCAGGUCGGGCGCCAGCUCGAUUUCGAAGUCCGACUCGUCCUGUAUCGCACGCAGGCUGCCAUGGCCGUCGACGAACAGCUCCAGUCGACCCAUUCCACCGCCCAGGUCGACAUGCCUGCCAACCAGCUUCCACAACGCUACCACACGCGGCUCAGCCAGAAACGCCUGCAUCACAUCCAUCCAUUCAUCCGUCCAUCCACCGAGUGUCCAUUUCCUCUCCCUCCCUCCUUCCCUUCUUACUUGUUUGGUGCGAUGCCUCUGCAGGUCCCCCCGUGUGAUGAUGGCCGGCAGGCUGCAGAGUCCGCACUGACCGGCGAGUCGCAGCGCGUCUGCUGCCUCGUCCCACCGGUUGUGCUCCACCACCCACAUGCACUUGAGCAGCUCAGCCGCCUCCAGGCUGUCGUCGAACGAGAUCACAGCGUGCAGACGUGUGUCGUCCUCAAGAUGCGUUUCGUGCAGCAGCCGACUGAGCCGCCCGCUCAGCAUGGAGCGCUCAGCGAGGAAGAGGGCUGCUGUGCGGAGGCUGCCGACGUCACUUGAGGUGUGCGCUGCAUCUCGCCCGUCCUCGGUAUGGAUGAAGUCGAGGCAUUGGCCGCGGAAGGCAGGAACCGACGUGUCGGCGCUCCUGCUGUGCACGUUACCCAUCACCAGCUAGCUACUGUCGCGCCACGUCC